AUGGAACAAACGAAGAAAUUCAAGGCUAUCAUUGUUGGAGGUUCUAUCUCUGGACUGACCUUGGCACUAUGCUUUGAGAAAGCCAACAUCGACUAUAUCGUACUGGAGGCCCGAGAAAAGUUUGCCCCGCAAGUCGGUGCAUCAGUCGGUCUUUUCCCUAACGGUCUCAGAAUCUUGGACCAACUGGGCAUCACGGAAACAAUCGAGCGGUCGACAGAGCCGCUGAAGAAGGGAUACCUUCGAUCAAGCGAUGGAAAGACCUUUUGCCGUACAAAGAUUUUUGAGCAACUACACGAACGGCACGGAUAUACAUUUAUCUUUUUAGAGAGGCAGCAGCUGUUGUCCUUUUUGUAUGAAGCUGUGACCGACAAGUCCAAACUUUUGGCUAACAAGAAAGUUGAUAAAAUUGCAGAAGAUCAGCACGGAGUAAAAGUUACAAUCACGGACGGCUCUGUCUAUGAAGGUGAUAUUGUCAUUGGUACCGAUGGUGUAUGGAGCUCAGUACGAGAGCAUAUGUGGAAAGAAAUGGAGAAGGACGAAAAGUUAGCUGCUGUGCUCGAAGAGGACCGCCAAGCACUAUUCUGCGAAUACAGCUGCCUGUUUGGUAUUUCCGACAAGGUCCAAGGCAUUCAUGAAGGGCGCACCAAUGUAAUAUAUCGCUCAGGCACAUCGUUUCUCUCGGCGGUAGGAAAAGGUGGUACCAUCUAUUGGUUCUUUUUCGAAAAGCUGCCUGAAGUCUAUAAGGCGCCAAAUAUUCCGCGUUUUUCAGAACAAGACGCUAUUGACUCUGCUGAGAAACAGGCAGAUUCCCUUUUCACUGAAGACAUCAAGUUUGCCGAAAUCUGGAAACAGCGAAGACAUGCGGUCAAAGUGGCUAUGGAGGAAGGUGUGAUCAAAAGGUGGCAUUAUGGCCGUACAGUCCUUUUGGGUGACGCGGCGCACAAGUAUACCGCAAACUUUGGAAUGGGCGCCAAUAGUUGUAUUGAAAGCGCAGUGGUCUUCACAAAUACUUUGUACGAUAGUCUCAAAGAAAAGCCAGAUGGACUAGAUCACAAUGAUAUUGAGCAGAUUUUCACUACGUACCAGUCGAAGCGACAGGCCCAUGUGGAAGGUGUAUGUACUGCUUCAUCCGAGACCACCCGCAUGGAGGCAUUGGAUGGAUUCAAGCGUGCUAUUAUGGGAAAAUACGUCUUUCCACUACUUGGUGAUGGAGUCAAGCUUAACAUGGUGAAGGCGCUCAUGCUGCCUUCGCCAACAUUGUCGUUCCUAGAUAAGCCAACCAGACCGCAUACAAUCCCAUAUUUAGAUGAAGAGCAGCCUAAGGGAUGGUUCUCAUGGCUUGGCUUUUAA